AUGGGUGUUCUCAGAAACUCCCCAAAAGCAUCUCCAAGAAAAAAUUCCACCACCCUUCAGCACCUCUUUGAUUUGGAGGCCAAAAAUAGCAAUGGCACUAAGAUUUACAGUCCCAAAGGUAGCAAUCAGUGUAUCUUUCAAUCUGAAUAUGAAGAAAUCUUGUAUAUUAUAUCUCACUGUUGCUGCAUCUUCACUUUCACCGACCCUUCGGAGUCUCCUUCAGAACAAGAUCUUAAGCGAUUGAAGCUCUUCCAAAUCCUUUCUUUCAUGAAAAAACUCAAAAAGCCACUACCUGAAGAAGUUAUACACCCUCUUGUGUCCAUGCUAUCGGCUAACCUUUUCAGGCCUCUCCCUCCAUCUGCCAAACAAAUCGUCUUCUGCGAAUUACCUGAGGAUGAAGACCUCGUUACCACUCCCUCGCCUGCUUGGCCGCACCUGCAAGUUGCUUACGACAUUCUGCUUCGAUUAGUCCUCAAUAUUGAUCCCAAAAUUCUCCGUGGUUAUGUUGAUGAACCUUUCCUUGUCAAUCUUCUGUCCCUCUUUCAGUCUGAAGACCCAAGGGAACGCGAUAUUCUGAAGAACGUUUACCACCGGAUAUACUCCAAGCUCACCUUCUACAGGGCAUUCAUGAGGAAAUCUAUGAAUGAUGUUUUCUUGCACUAUGCUUUUGAGUCAGAGAAACAUUCUGGGAUCGGUGAGCUGCUUGAGAUAUGGGGAAGCAUCAUCAAUGGUUUCACUGUCCCACUGAAAGAAGAGCAUAAGCUAUUCUUGAUGAGAGUGCUUAUUCCUUUGCACAAGCCCAAGGGGAUGCAACUUUACCACAGGCAGCUGGCUUAUUGUGUUAAUCAGUUUGUUCAGAAGGAACCAAUGCUUGGUGGGACUGUUGUUAGAGGGAUCUUAAAGUAUUGGCCUGCCACAAAUUGUCAGAAAGAAGUUCUGCUCGUUGGUGAAUUGGAGGAACUAGUGGAGAAUAUAGAUCCUGAUCACUACAGAAAGUUAGCUUUGCCUAUAUGUACCCAAAUUUCAAGAUGCUUGAACAGUUUGAACUCACAGGUUGCAGAACGUGCACUAUACGUGUGGAACAACGAACAUUUUGUGAAGAUGGCAUCAUCAAUGAUGGAAGAGGUGUUUCCUGUGGUGGUAGAAUACGUCGAAAAGAACCUUAAGUGGCACUGGAGCACGAAUGUAAAACAACUGACAGAAACUGUGAAGACCAUGAUAGAAGAAAUGGAUCCAAAUUUAUAUGACAAGUGCCUGGAAGAAAUAGCCCACAAAGAGUACUUGGCUGGCCAAGAAGACAUCAAGAGGAAAGAAAAUUGGGAAAGGUUAGAAUUGGCAGCAGCCAAAAAUCAUCAGUUCUUCCAGCCACAAAAAAGUAUACGUAUAAAGAUUGAUAAAGUAACCAACACCGGGGUAACGAUGUCCAUUGUUUCUGGGUUUCCGAAACAAUUUAAAGGUUUGGUUUGUCCUCGUAAUUAUGAACCACCAUCUGGUAUUCAGAGAUGUAACGAAGUGAAAUUUAGUGAUUACAGUGCUGUUCAGCUAGACACUAGAAGGAAUCCCAGAGGAAGAAUUCAAUAUGUUCCUGCAAAGCGGUCUUGCGACAAGCAUGUUUUGUAUGUAGGAAGAGGUCAUUACCAAUUGAGCCAUGAAGAUGACUUGCCCCAGGAGCCCUUUUGGCUAAGUUUUAUUGAGGAUGUCAUCCGGGCUUUGAAAUCUUUGUUUGUGUUUCUGGUUGAGCAACCCAGUCAGCUUAAGUACAUAGAGUGGCCAGGUUUUCAAAGCACGCUGAGAACUGCCAUGCUCACUCUAGUUCUUGUGGCGCUGCUGAUUGUUGCCCUCUCUUCAAUCGAUUCAGUUCUAUGCUAUGUGUUAGCUUUGCUUCUAAGGAGAACCCCUUGA